CCGUGGUUUUGCCGGUCACAUAAAAGCGCGCGUCCCAAACGGGCGACCGGAAUCAACUGUCGGUACUUUCAGCGAGACCGGAUCACACCGAACCGACACUGCUCUGAGGAAAGCAGACGAUACACACUGCAACUGGUCAACAAGAUUCAGGUCAGUCAGGAUCACAGGUGUUGCCAAGGUAACUGUCAUAUUGGAUAAUCAGCAGAUUUGUGAUCAUAUAUCUCUGUUGUUGUUUUUUAAAUAUGACUUAAAUGUGUUUGUCUGCAGCUACAGGUUUUAUCGUAUAGACUUUUUUUAAGUAAUAGGAUUUAAAUUAGAUCAGCUCAAUUGAUAUUUUGAUUCUGUGUAGGUAUGUUUUUUAUUUUUUAUUAUUUACAAGUAUAAUCCCCCAUUAGGCUGGUGUGACUCAGCAACUUAUUUCUCGUAGCCGACAUACUUUAACAAAGAUAGAUGGCCAUGCGUGGAGCAAAUGUUAGUGAAUGUAGAAUAAAUCCAUAUUUGAGUGUGUGUCUCAUGGAACUCGGUGUGAUUUUUCUCUUUGUCUCCACAGUCCUGGUUGGAUCACGUAACGAAACACGUUAGAUCUGCUGACAUCAUCCACAGCCCCGAACCAGAAAGCGUUCCUCGGUAUAGCCUCCACCUGCCUGCAGGCGUGGGAUGCUGGAGAGGGGGAUUUGAUGCCACUUGGCAACGUUAAAGAGGUGUGACAUAGUCAAUGAUGGGAGACUCAGUCUUCAACUGCUGUUAUGUCCCACCCCGUCCCCCAGGAGAGGAGGAACCUCACAGGUCCAGACGCACAGAGAUCAUGGCCUCCCAAUCGGCUCAGGUCGCCUCUGACAAGCGCUUCCUCAUCUUCUUCGACUUUGAUGAGACCAUCGUGGACGAGACCAGCGACGACAUAGUGGUGCAGACCGCCCCGGGUCAUCACCUCCCAGACUGGCUGAAGGACACCUACCAGCCAGGGCGCUACAACGAGUACAUGCAGCGCGUCCUGGCCUACCUCGCAGAGCAAGGAGUCACUGAGAGUGACAUUCGCAGUGCCAUGGAGAAGAUACCGUCCACCCCCGGCAUGCUCACCGUCUUCCAGUUCCUCCGCAACCGCCCGCCACAGGACUUUGAGGUGGUCCUGCUGUCUGAUGCCAACUCCUUCUUCAUCGAGUCGUGGCUCCGACGGGCAGGGGCUCGCCAGCUCUUCCAUCGGAUCUUCACCAACCCGGCCACCUUCAACAGGGACGGGCGCCUGGUGCUCAGACCCUUCCACUCCCACGACUGCCCGCGGUGCCCGGUCAACAUGUGCAAGCAGGUGGUCGUCAGGGACUAUGUGGCCCGCAGGACACAGGAGCGGGGCCGCCCCUAUCAGAGGGUGCUCUACGUGGGAGACGGAGCCAACGACUUCUGCCCGGCCCUUGCCCUUGGGCCCCGAGACAUGGCCUUCCCACGGAAGGACUUCCCUAUGCACCGGCUGAUCACGGAGACCCACGAAGCCAUGCCCGGGGAGUUCAAGGCUGUCACGGUGCCGUGGUUGAGCGGUGACGAUGUGGUGCAGCGGCUGAGGAAGCUGGUGGCAGAGUAGAGAGGGUCACACUCAAAUACAGGGUCAAAAAGGGGGUGUCAGCUGACAGUUGUAGUCAUAUUCUCAGGUGAAACAGUAACAGUAAUAUUUAAGGCAAUACAAUCAUUAGCAGGAGUGUAAACUGUGUAUAUCUGACCUCCAGCCUUAACAUGACUCAGCUCAAAUCUCUCACGUUUUGGUCCAGAGGUCCCUCAGUUUAUUAUGGUUAAUUAUUAUUGAGGUCAGCCACUGUCACCUCAGCUGAGGAAAUCGAUAACAAAGUAAAUGCUUUGUGCCUUUAUUAACCAGCUUUAUGUUUUACUGCAUAAUAAAAUAUCCUACAUAUGUUUACAUUUAUUUAAAAUAAUCAGCAAUAUUUAAAAAAUAUUUUCAAAAAAUAUCACUUUGUGCCAACAAGUGACCAGGUGCUUUUGACUCACAGAUGUGUUUUCUCUCACAAACUGCACUUUUUAAAAGAUGAAAUAUUAAAUUAUCCUGUCACUAAGUGGAAUCACAGUAACGUUGUUAUCUGACAGGCAUGUCAGUCAGCUUUAUAAGAUAACAGAACACGUGUGUUAACAACAUGUUUGUCAGAAAAUAUACAGUAUGUCUAUAGAUGUUGUUUGAUGUUGAGUGUGUUGGUUUGUUUUUUUCAAAUGUCCGUUGUGUCUUUACUGUGUCGGCAUCGCCUACACUAAGAAAAUAACACCAGCAGGAAUAAAGCCAUCAACUGAAA